AGACUUUAAUUUGAAAAAAGAAAAAGAAAAACUGGGACCAAGCUCUCCGCUGCCGGCGAAUCUCAGAUCAAUAAUGGCGGUCGCUUCUGGAACACUCGACAUCCAGUGGCUGAUCUCCAACAGCGACGACCUUGUGCGGGUCUUGAAGGACCCCAGAGACCUCAACCACUUGAUCCACUGCCUCCAAAACUCCCAAGCCCUCCGCUCCUCCUCCGAUUCCGAUUUCGCCGAAGCUCACAACUUGCUCCGAGAUUAUGAGAAGAAGUUAGAUGCUUGCAAGAAGAAAACCGAGGAGGCGAAAACCGAGGCGGUUGCUGAUGAGGAAUUGGAGCUUCUUCAGAGAGAAUUGGAUGAGGGCGUUCGACAGGAGCAUUUGCUUAUGGAAGAGCUCAGAGUUAUCGGCGGCGAGAUGGAUGAUUUGGAAGGCCAAAGGGUUGCGGUUUUGGAAAAGAAGAAAAUGUUGAAGAAACAGAAGCAGGAUGAGUUCAGGGCGCAGAGGAAGCUUUCCAUGUAUGCUUCUGUUACAAAUAUUAUACCAAACCUGGAUGAGCAGUCAAGAGUCAUGGGCUAUAUUGUGGAUAGAGAUACAAAAGCGGUACAGAACUUUGAAAUUGAUGCAGAGAAGAUGACUGCCUAUGAAACAUGUAAUAGCAUUUGGAAGAUGAUAACUCCAUGAUAGAUAUUUCAGGUCCCCCUGAGAUAGUUUGUAUAAUAUUGUGCAAUAUUGUUUUUUCGAUUCGUCUGUGUUUCUGGAGAAGUAAUCUUUUGACAGUUUGUAAUUUGGAAUUGUAACGUACACAUUUAAAGCUGAUUAUUGAGAAUCUUGUUGGUGCCA